GCAAGUAGUCAUGAGCACUCAACUCAAACACUAAUUAAGAUUUAAGAGCAAUGUCUUCUUCUUCUUCGUCUUAUUCAACCAAGCUUGUGUUCUUAGCUUGUCUCGUCUUGUUCACAUCUUCGAACAAACUCGUGGCUGGAGAAUCCGACAAAGUUAAGCUCAAUCUUUACUACGAAUCACUUUGUCCUUCUUGUCAGAAUUUCAUUGUCCAUUAUCUAGGCAAAGUCUUUAGCACCGAUCUCCACACAAUCACCGAUCUCAAGCUUGUUCCAUUCGGUAACGCCCACGUCUCGGACGAUCUUACCGUCACUUGCCAGCAUGGUGAAGAAGAAUGUAAACUAAACGCCCUUGAAGCGUGCGCCAUAAGCACUUGGCCAAAUCAGAGAUUGCACUAUAGGUUUAUACGGUGCGUUGAAACUAACACGAAUGCUUGGGAGUCAUGUGCUAAAAAGUAUGGAGGUGACAAAGCAAUUAGUGAUUGUUACAAUGGUGAUCUCUCUAAAGAGCUGAUACUUGGGUAUGCAAACCAAACCUUGAGUUUGAAACCGGAGCAUAAAUACGUACCAUGGAUGACACUCAACGGCGAACCACUCUACGAGAAUAUUGAUAAUUUUGUGGACUUAGUCUGCAAAGCCUACAAUGGAAAGGCUGCUCUCCCAAAACUCUGCAAUUCCUCUGCCUUGUCUAAGAUGAAAGUGCCAAUGCUUCAAUUCUCCUAUGCCAAUUGAAGCAUACUGAAGUAAGAUGGGUUUUAUGUUAGUGGAAUAACUUAAUAAAGAUCUUUUACUAAGCUGUUAUGUUUAAAAAUUUGACUACUGAAUUGAACUACAUCAAUGUUUUAAGACUGACCACUUUUUUUUCAUAUUAUCCAAGAAAAUAAUAUGAAGCAGCUUAGUUUUUUUUUUCUUCCAUUGGAAAUGCUUUAGAAAUGAAGUCAUACCAGAGUCGGUGGUUUUAGUGGAGA